GCGCAGACUAGAUUGCAAUGAGCAGCACUUUUUCAUUGAUUCUUUUCCUACCAGUUUUGUAGCGCGAAGUCAAAGAUUUAGAGUGGUCGAAAUAUAGGACCUGGAAAACGGCAUAUCAAAGUGGUGUUCCUUGAGUGUAGGCACAUUUGCAGACGUUUAGGUUUUACGGCUCUGUAAUGUACCUUAACAGGUUGUAAAUGUUGCGUAUAAAAAUAUGAAAAAUUAAAUGUUGCGUUAUGCGUGAGGCACAACUCCAUAUUUGUCGUACGUGUGUCCGUGUCCAAUGGCAUGCCCAUUAGGUUAACUGUAAGCGAGAAAAGUUACAGCUUAAAGAAAGCAUUGCGUGCAAUCUUUGUGCUAAUAAUGUUCAUGGUAAUGUGAAAAGCAGUGUGUUUAGUAUCGAGUACAAAAUCAGUGGUGGUCUCUGCUUACCGAAUGCACCACUCGGUAAUGGUGCUGACGAGCAUGAUAACAGGUCAAAAAUGUUAGCAAGAUAAGCAUGCCGCUUGCUGCUCCAGUUAUUUUUUCCUCACCGCGAACCGUAGUGCACCACCCUGGCUCUUGCCGCCAUUUCGUUUUUCAAUCCAAUUGACAAACAAUCUUUGGAGCAUGUGUAUGCAAGAGAGCUGAAGGAAUAUAAAUCGGGUCGUACAGAAAGUGAAUAGCAUUCGUAUUCGUGUGCCGUUACUCAAUGGGAUAAAGUGUCACAAUACAUACUAAGUUAAUUUUCCAACAGCAUAUUGUUGGAUCUAUUCAGUUAUAUUCGCAUACUACAUUCUGCUGUGCUACAGUUUAUCUAAUCCUGAACCAAGUUGUUUGUUCCUACGUAAAUUUGAGCAUCGGCAAAAGUGUUUGUAAAGGUAAUUCACCGUGAUUCGCUUCAACCUGAAUCAACACCCAUACGAAAACAAAUCAAAAUAUCCACAAACCAAACCUAAAAAACAGUAGCCAAUUCUAGAGCCGCGGAAUAUAAUAAAGACCGCGAUUUAUUCGCGGCAUAUUAUGUCUCGCGAAGUCUACAGCACAGGUCAAACAAACUCAAACACUACCGGUACUAGAAGCCCUGGUCGAUCAACGAGACGAUUAACUGAACUGCCGACCGUUGACAAGUCGCCUUCACGAGACUACGGCGGAAUCCGAGGAAGACCUUUAGGGCCCAAUAUACACCAAUCACGCUCAGGAACUAAUUCUCCGCUAAACUACAGCUGGAAGUCUUAUCCACACCAUAAUUCAUUUACAGCCAUGGGUAGUCCAUAUUAUCGGGAUAUGGACGAGCCCAUCAGCCCUGCUGGUGGCCACCAUCGCAGCAGAAGUGCAACUCGAGCUCCCACGCACUCGUUGGAGUAUCCUCGCGAGCAAUUGAGAACUCGUUAUCAGUCAUUGGAUAGGGGUCUCGUUGAUCCACACGAUCGUGAAUUCAUACCGAUACGAGAACCACGGGAUCGUUCUCGUGAUCGGUCAUUGGAAAGGGGACUGUAUCUAGAAGAGGAACUCUAUGGCCGACCACCCAGGCAAGCAAUGCCGGAACGAGGGUAUCUAGGCGAUUUACAGGUUCAAAAUGGAGAGUUGCAACGCGAACUGGGAAAUCUAAAAAAAGAGCUCGAACUCACGAAUCAAAAGCUCGGAAGCUCAAUGCACAGCAUCAAAACAUUCUGGUCGCCCGAACUAAAGAAAGAGCGUGCUCUUCGAAAAGAGGAAAGUGCUAAAUACAGCCUGAUCAAUGAUCAGUUAAAAUUGCUUAACAGUGAAAAUCAGAAACAAGCAAUGCUGGUAAGGCAACUAGAAGAAGAGCUUAGAUUACGAAUGAGGGCACCGAAUAUAGAAAUGCAACAACAAAUGGAGGCUUUAUAUGCAGAAAAUGAACACCUCCAACGAGAAAUAUCAAUAUUGCGCGAUACUAUUAAGGAACUGGAACUGCGAAUAGAAACCCAAAAACAAACGCUUCAAGCAAGGGAUGAAAGCAUAAAAAAGUUAUUGGAAAUGCUUCAAAGUAAAGGAAUGGGUAAAGAAGAAGAGCGACAAAUGUUUCAACAAAUGCAAGCUCUUGCUCAGAAACAGAUGUUUGAUAUCACCAACUGCACCACUACUACAGCUGAUUUAAUGCGUACCAGUUUUUAUCCAGCCCAGCCAACGUCGGUAUACAAUUCAAACUACCACAACAUCGCUCCAGCAUCUAAACUGUUGGACGUGCGCUCCGGACGAUUGCCGGCUCGCCGCUACAGCAUUAGUGGCAGUGUGCCGUUGUCCUCCAUGGUUGAUUACUGCAAUUUGUCCGAGAAUGCGGCUAAUCUUUAUACACAAUCAGCCAAUCUGACCAACUUGCUAAAUGAAACCACAAAAUCGUUAUCCCGCUCUUCUAACAUAUUGAAUAUGCGUUCGCUAGGCGCAACGGCCUCAGGCGAUAGCGGUAGUAAUUUGCCAAUGUGUCAUGCAACAACACACUUCACACAAUCAUUAUUAGCUUCAGCACCAACAUCUUCCUCUACCACCAUUUGCGGUGUACUUGAUCCAUCUCCAUCGCUCCCUUUCGAGCGAAUGGGUGCUUCAGCUGGGACUACCACAGGUUUACACUGUUCAUAUCCAAACACCUCCAGUAUUUCACACUUGCCUAACGCGGUAGCCAGUAAUUCUAAUCUGUCGUAUUAUAACCAUCACCUGCAACAUCAUCUGCCUCAUGUUAAUCAGCAAAACAGUAUACCAGUACCGCAGCAACUACAAUUUUCACAGCAUAGCUCCUUUUGUAACACCGGUUGCAGGCCGUCAACAGACUACCUUCUCUCAAAACCAAUCUAUAGCAAUAAUACGAUAAAUGCCGCCUCGAAUGCCACCUCCUUUUUAUCACAUCCCCACAGUCUGGAUGAUUUUCGUUUGGAAAUCACACGUCGUGAUCAAGAGAUUAUGGCAAUGGCUGCCAAAAUGAAGACUCUCGAAGAACAACAUCAGGAUUACCAACGUCAUAUUGCCGUUCUGAAAGAAUCACUAUGCGCCAAAGAAGAACAUUACAAUAUGUUGCAAUCAGAUGUCGAGGAACUCCGUAAUAGGUUAGAGGAAAAAAAUCGCAUGAUUGAAAAAAAAACUCAAGGCACAAUGCAUACUGUCCAGGAAAAGAAUCGUUUACAGACCGAACUUACCGAGCUGAAAGAACACAUGGAUAUUAAAGACAGGAAGAUAAACGUUCUUCAACGAAAAAUUGAUAAUUUAGAAGAUUUGCUUAAAGAGAAAGAUAACCAAGUCGACAUGGCACGAGCAAGGCUUAGUGCAAUGCAAGCCCAUCAUUGCAGUUCCGAAGGAGCUCUGACGAGUUUGGAGGAGGCUAUCGGCGAUAAGGAAAAACAGAUGCAACAACUGCGCGAUCAGCGUGAUCGAGCUGAAGCGGAAAAAAAAGAAGAACGAGAGUUGCAUGAACGAGAGCUGGCCGAAUUUAAGAUGAAGCUUCAUUCUCUUGAUAGCGAGGUAGAAAAGUUAACAACUCGCCUCCAUAGAGCUCUUGCAGAGAAAGAUCGUUUGGAAGCUAAAUUAGAGAGCUCGCAAAGUGAACUCGGCAAGUCGAAGGCAGAGCUAGAACAUAAAACGGCAAGCGAUGUUGGUCGCAGUGGAGCAGAUUGGGAUCACGCAAAACAACGGUUAUCUCGUUUAGAAUUGGAGAAUGAACGUUUACGUGCCGAAUUAGAACGAUCACAGACUACUUUUGGCAGAUCUACGCUGACCACAUCACAAGAACUUGAUCGAGCCCAGGAACGGGCGGACAAAACCACAAACGAACUGCGGCGCACGCAAGCUGAGCUACGAGUGACACAAGAACAUACGGUACACGAUUUUACUGACGCUGAACGAUCAAGAGCGGAAGCUGCCGCCUUACAAGAGAAAUUAGAGAAGAGUCAAGGCGAAGUCUAUAGACUCAAGGCUAAGCUUGAAAACGCACAAGGUGAACAGGAAAGCUUGAAACAGGAAAUGGAAAGAGGCCAGGCUGGUAUACAACGAAUUGUUAGUGAAAGAGAUAAGGCGUACGCAGAGCUCGAAAAAAUACGCGAAGAACUAGAACGUACACAGGCUACUCUCGGCAAAUCGCAGCUUACCCAAGAGAAACUACAGAAUUCUCUCGACAAAGCACAAAAUGAAAUUGAUCAUUUGCAGGAGAAAUUAGAUAAGAGCGGCGGAGAAACCCGCAGGUUGCAACUCGAAAAAGAGAAAAUCAAUUAUGAAUUUGAAAAUAUUCAGUCGCAGUUAGACAAAUCUUUGGGCCAAGCUUCACGUAUUCAAAAAGAGAAAGAAGCCGCACAAAUGGACCUCGAUCGCUAUCGAGACAAGGCGGAUAAAUUACAGUCAUCCCUUGCUCGUUUGCAAAAGGAACGCGAUGUGCUUAGUGAUGAAUUAGAAAAAUUGAAGGAAAAAUCCGAAUCUACUCAGAGUACAGCACUCAAAUACCAACGAGAACGCGAUGCUAUACAGACAGAACUUGAGGUAGUAAAAGAACGCUGGGAAAAAGCACAUCAGGUACAUCAAAAGCUUCAGAUGGAACGAGAUGAUGCAACUACCGAGAUCGAUAUAUUAAAAGAGAAGCUUGAUAAAGCACUGUAUGCUAGUCAAAAGUUGAUUGAUGAGAAAGACACUUCCACUAAAGAGUUUGAGAAGAUGCUUGAGAAGUAUGAUCGUGCCCAAAAUGAAAUCUAUCGACUACAGUCACGAGUCGACACGGCCGAAGCUGACCGCAAUCGUUUAGAGGUAGAAGCUGAACGUUCUGCACUGGCAGCAGCUAAAGCACGGGAAGACUUACGUAAAAUCCAAGAGGAAACUACGCGGCUCCAGGAAGCAUGCGACCGUGCAGCAAUGCAGCUGGGUCGCUCGAAAGAACUCGAAGAUAAGGCAAAGGAGGAUGUAGAUAUGAUUCGCGAGAGGCUUGAUAAAUGUCAAACUGAUUUGCGUCGAGCACAAUCGGAAAAGGACAAUCAACAGGCAGAAAUCGAGCGGCUAACCUAUGAACUAGAUCGUUCGCACAAUCUGUACACCAAACAAACGGCUUCGCUUGACUCGGCUCAGGAAGAAAUAGCACGCUAUGGACUGGAGAUCGAAAAGAUGCGUGAGCGCUAUGAAAAAACGGCAGCAGAACUGCGACGCUUACAAGAGAAUGAAUCCUUCUCACGUGAAGCCCGACGUAUGAAGGAUGAAAAUGACCGAUUGCGGGAAAAGUACGACAAGGUUAUCGUGGAGCUAGAAAACUUCCGAGGCAAAUCGCAAUAUGAACAGGAGACGUUCGAUAAAAUGAAAGAGAAGUUUGAGACACGAGAAAAUGAAUUCCAAACCAUGGAGCUAAAGUUACACGAAACCAGCCUACAACUCGAUCUGGCUAGAGCAGAAGUAACUAAGCUUAUCUCAAAUCAAGAUAAACAGCGAGCCGAUGCAGAACGUGCUCACAUUGAAUAUGAAAAAAUACGAGACAAGCAUGAGAAACUCAUCAAGGAAGUCGAGCGAUUGCGGCAGAAUCCGCAAUCUGCUAUCAGCCCCGGAGCGUUGGCCGCUACCAGUACAGUAAGCUUAGCAGACAAAAACGAACUAGACCGUUUGCGCGAUCGGCUUGAAAAGGCGCUGCAAAGCCGAGACGCCACCGAGAUGGAGGCAGGACGUUUGGCAAAGGAACUAGAAAAGGCACAGCUACAUCUGACGAAACAACAAGAAGUCUAUGAAGCGACACGUAUUGAGUUUGAGCGUAUGUCUGCUGAACUGACACGUGUGCUCGAGCGGCUGGAAAAAUCUGAAGCCGAAAAGGAAACCCUUCGCCAAUCUACUAAGAUCUAUGAAAAACAUCACCAGCAACAUGCCAGUAACCACCAUAUAGAGCAAAGUCUCAUGAAACUCGAGGCUGAUAACAAACAGCUGAUGGCCGAACGCGAUCAACUAGUGAUGCAGCUGGAAAAGAGCCAGGAUAUGUUAAUGAGUUUCCAGCAGGAGCUUAACGCAGCUGAAGUGGAACUGCAGCGUCAAUGUGAAGAAAAUCGCCGGCUUAAGAGCUCUCCUCAACAGCCAGGAAGCGCUCCUGCUGCACCUCAACAAGGCCAAGCUGCGGCCCAGGAAAUACAGAACUACAAGAAGGAAAUUACAAAGCUGAAACAAAUGCUUCAGGAAACGGGGGCUCGUGGAGAUAAUGAACUCGAACAGUGGCGUAAAGUUGUGGAGCAGGAGAAAAAUCGAGCAGAUCAAGCAGAAAAGGCGGCUAUUGAAUUGCAGAAGCGAAUGCAGGUAAUGGAGCAACAGUUGAAGCAACAACUCUUACAAAUGACCAAUAUGCAGAAACAAUUGCAACAACAAUCAACACAACAACAACCACCACAGCAAUCGCCGUCAAAUAAAAAGGAGCUAGAAAAAUUACAAGAAGAUCUUAAAACAGCUGCUACACAACGCGAUCAAUUCCAAAAUCAGUUGGAGUUACUGGUGCAGGAAUUAGAAAAGAGCCAAACAGAGGCUUUGGAAGCGACCAAAAAGACUCAACAGCAACAACAGCAGGUUGGUCAGCUACAGCAACAAAUACAGCAGAUGCAACAACAACUGCAACAAGCAACGCAGGCAGCUAAUCAGAAGGUAGCUCAAAAUGCAGGCGUAAGUGAGGCGGAGCGUAAGCAACUAGAAGCACAAAUGAAACAAAUCGAAGACGCAACUCGACUGUUGGAGAGCGAAAGAAAAACGUUUGAAGAUCAGCGCAAAGCUAUCGAAAACAAGCGCAAAGAGUUGGAAGACAAAGAAAAAAAUCUUAUUGAGUUUGACAAACAACUUAAGAAACGCAAAGAACAAAUGGACCAACUAGAAAAAUCAUUACAAAAGGCCGGCGGAACUGCUGCUGCUGCUGGAGAAUUGAAUAAACAGUUAACAGAAACCCAGCAGAUGCUAGAUAAAGCAUCAAAGGAACUAGAGGAUGCAAAAGAAGAAGCCAAGCGAUCUGCUGCUGAAACGGAACGACUCCUCCAGUUGGUGCAAAUGACACAAGAAGAACAGAAUCAGAAAGAAAAAACAAUAAUGGAUUUGCAGCAGGCCUUAAAAAAUGCUCAAGCAAAAUUGAAAACAGCACAAGCACAGCCACAAGAUGCGGGACCAGCAGGUUUCCUCAAGAGCUUCUUCUAAAAUGGGUUUGCUUUUUUGGAUUAGUGAUUGGUGUACUUUAAUUUUUAUUACACCAAUAACUGGGUCUUACUUAAAUGCGACUAGAAACAAAAAAACAACUACAAUAUCGUAAUGAGAGUACAACUAUUAGUAGUAAUUUCUUUAAGAGAACCUAAAUGGGUUGCUGCUAGCUUCAAUUGAGAAUGGUAAGUAGUUUUACAACCUUAUGGUUGGUAAUUUAUUUGUUAUGUUGGAUUCACUAAAUGUGAUUUCGUAAACAAACUGUACAGUAAGAAUGGUCAGAGAACAACCAACAUAGAAACAUAUGUAACGCUGGUUCUGUUAUCGUUACGCGUUUUGGUAAAAUUUAAAGCCAUGUAACAAAUAAUUUGGAAUACAAAUCCCAUCCAUACGUUAGACAUCAAUGACAACAACCAAAAUAGACAUUUUUGUUAAAUCUUAGUAGUUCUGUUAAAUCUUGGCUAGUAUCUAAGCCACUUCUCCCACUUUAUCAUAAGCAAUAAUUCUGUAAAGUAUCCAGACAGCCAAAUUAAGGGUUGAUUGAACUAGGAGAUUAAACAAUAAAACGCAAGUAGCGAUCACUAAAAUAUAUUUAGCAAACCAGAUGAACACUUGCUGCCAUUUAUUAUUAUAUAAAAUAAAACAAGAACCCUUUGCAAGAGUGAUUUUUGACAACCAAAAAAUAUCAUGUGCAAUAUUAUUACUCUUCAUCAAUAGACCAUGGAUGAGAAAUGAAGAGCAAUUUCAAAUUACGAUACGACACAGCGCUGUUGAGUUGCGAACCAGCUAAAAAGGAGUUUACACUUCCUAACUAUCGUUACAGAGAAUACAUUUGAAUGAAGCAGUACUUAGUUUAAUGAUCCUAGCAUAGAGAGAAACUACACUCUUGUAAGCAAAAUCAUGAGCGACCAGUUCUGAGCCACCGUAAAUGUUUAAUAUGUAUUAUCAAAUUACAUGGCAGUAAAAUACAAAUCAAUUAGUUAUGUAAUAUUCUACGCACCUAUGUAUUGUACGAUACAUUAAAUAAGAAACAAAGCAUGUAAACAAAAACUACACACAAAAUCACACACAAUAGACAAUAAUAGAAUUCAAAGGCAAGUGUGUAAUCGCUAUUUGUACCACAUCGCAUUCGCUCGACAUUGUCGGUCCAACAAAAUCGUGCACUAUACCUAUUGUUUAACUGUGUCCAAUUAAUAAUACCCUUCAGCUUCAGACGAAGUAAAACUAUCUAACGCUUUCUAGAAAAUCAGGACCAAAUCGUUAGUAGGUCUUGUACACUGCUAAAAAACAAACAUAUGCACGAUAUUAAAUCUAUAACUGAUAUUAUACGCUACCACUAUCUGUAACAAAAUCGAUGGUUAGUAUACAAUAGUCUACUGUUUUUUUUUUAUAUUGUAUUUUAAUUAUCAAUAUUGUGCGUAGAACUAGUUUCAAGUUUUUCUUUCUGGGCAUUUCACUAAUCGAAACGGUUCUAAAAUGCAGAGUUUGUGUUCGAUCGUUAUGGUAAAACUUAUCGUAAAAGUUAAAGUUAGUAGUGAAUAAAAUUAUUUAAACACUUUAUUUAUUAUUUAGUAUGCAGUUUUAUUAUAUGUUAAAAGUUUACAAAAAAAGAACCGAAAUAGUAGAGGAUUUUUUAACCAACACACAUAUUCAAAUAGAUAAAAAUAUAAACAUGUUGGAUAAAAAUUGCGAUGUUCUUUGAACGAAAGCAACAAAACAAUAUUUUUUUAUUUUACAUGCCAAAUAAUCGGAAGAUCAUUUUGCAUAUUCUAUAAUCACGUCAUCAAACAUCUUUUACACGCAAAUCUUUUUGUACGCAAUUUUCUAUCUGUAUAAUUUUAUCCGAUAGUCCCUUGUAAAUAUUGUAUUGAACGAACUGUC